AUGCCCGCUCAAGAAGGCCGCCAAUCCCCCGAGCCCCAGACCCAGUCCGGCGCCCAGUUGCACGAGCCCCCCGCCAGCGGCAAGGUCGACAACAAGGCUCCGGAACUGUCCCAUGAAAAGGACAACAGCAAGCCCGCUUCUCUCGAGAGUAACCCCACGCACCCGUUGGAGAAGGCCGAGGCGGAGAAGUUCAAGAAGCAAUAG